AUGAAAAAAGGUCAAAGCGAAAGAUCCUCACCAGCGUUGAAAUUGAAGAAUAUCCAGGAGGCUGGCGCGCAUUGUUUGUUGUCUUGGGGGCUUGAUUUUAUUCUGGGAUUCGAUGUUCUUUGGGGAUUAUAUUUCGGGUGUAUCACUCACUGGUUUACCAAGCGGAGAGGACUUGCUACUGGUAUUGCAUGCUCCUCGGGUGGCGUGGGAAGAAUCAUGUAG